AUGCAGGUCGGUACUCCUAUAACUUCGACGAAGUUGAAGCAGGUCCAUUCACCUCCAAGCGUCGGGAGCAGCUCUCCGUCUUCAACAAGAGCUUUCAAAAAACUAUCAGGGCCAGUUAUGACUAGAGUGAAUUCCAAAUUUCGAAGCUUUAGCGCCUCGAGCGUACUGUCGCCAAGCAGGAACCAACGACAAGCGAGCGAGCAUGAUCUACUCGUUCAUGGCGUUGGCGACAGAGAUGUGAAUGACCACGACAACCUUGAUUUUGGUCCGACCUUGAUAUCAAUGACAAAACCGAUCACCAACAUAGGGACGAGACGCAAUAAUGCACCGGCACCCUUAUCAUUCACUCAUCUUACCCCCCGUCCUACCCCUCGCAAAUCUGGAAGUAGCGGUAAGAACGCGCCAACUUUGGAGUCACCUAUGGAAUUCAGACGUUCCAAUUAUUCGACUUCUGACUGCGGGAGCUGGGUUACGGCCAGCUCUGUGGAUCCUCGAAAAAGACUCGGUUCAGCUUUUCAAGUUGACGUUGGAACGCCAAGAAGCAAUUUUGCCGUCGAACGCCCAAGCUUUAGGGACCCAUUCGCAAGUCUAUACCCGGACACAGAGUCUCCUACUUAUGCUGUUGAACUUCGAAGAAAUGUAUCUAACGCUGGAGGUCCUAAGAACUUUAUCUCGAAUAAUUGUAAUAUUUGCAAAGAAAGCCUAUGUUGUGCUUUGAAGGGUGAAAAGCUCAUGGAACUUACGUGCGGUCAUCAGUGUCAUUAUAACUGCUAUUUGGUGUCAUUUGAAGCACUUUUCUUGAGUCAUACCCCCUUCAGGUGCUCAAUCUGCAAGCAAGCUGCAAAACCGAAAGAUGAAGAUAUGUUUAGUGAGAUAACCGCUAGAAUCUUAUGUGGCGGUAUUGAAACCAAUCCUUAUGGGCUCUAUCAAGCCCUCUCUCCUGAUACAGCUAUACUCCCUCAAGCUGUAGAGUGUCCUGUCGAGGAAACUUCACUACAUCGCAGCAAAGUACAGGACUUCAGAACUCCCAAUGAUCAAGUUAUCAGAAGUUCUGAGGUGACCAGUAAUGGCUUCCGUCAACAAUUCAGAUUCGAUAGCAGUUUCGGGAAUCUGCCAUUGCCCUCUGUUUCGAGCCAAGGCAGCUCAUACGAAUCCGGAAGCUUCGCUUCGUGUAGUGAAGUUCCGAAUGAGGAAUUUGAUUUUAGCAGGCCUCGAAUUCACGUUGUUCCCCAGCUAUCGAAAUUCACUAUAAGGGAUGAUGCUGAGAACGUUGCCGUUCAAUAUGCAAUGACUGCAUAUCUUCCAAAACUGCCUAAGGCGGCUGAUAGCGCUAAGGGAUUGGGGAAGGCGGAAAGUCGCAUCAGAAAGGAAAUUGAAAUGUUUUUUAAAGAAAGCCUGAAUUGCGCUGGUCCCACCGGGACCCUGGAGAUAUUUGACGUUUUGAGGUAUUCCGAAGACGAGGAUGUAUGGCUUACAGUAAUAGUAUUCCUAUUUCAAGAGCGACUACUAUUUGCGAGUGAGGGGAGUAUUGUGAGAGAUAUUUCCAAGGAGCAAAUAUCCGAGUUACACCAGCUUGACCCGUAUACGAUAAUACUUGAUCUAAAAAGUAAGUCACUACCAGAGGUGUUUUUAGGGUGCGGAGAGGAACCCGCUGUUAUUCGCAAGUGGUUCCACUGCCUCAAAAGGAUAUACUUGUCCAAGGAAAUGCAAUAUAUUCCACUGGAGCAGCUGACAGUAAACAGUUGGGACUUACUGCCGCAGGACAUUGCUCAGAGCCUGCGUCCUAAAAAAAUUGGAAGUUUUUCUAGUAAAUGUGACAAUGUGCGCUCAAGUGUCUUUACAUGUCAUACGAAGUUCCCUCUCAAAAUCGUUUUGUGUUUCAGCAUCAUCAACUGUCAUCCUGAACUCCAUACCAAUGACGAUUGUUCGAACAUAAUAAAGUCUAAAGUUCGUCAGCUUCUGGAUUCAUUGUCAGACCAAGAUUUUAUCGGCCUAGUUGUUGUUGGUAAGGAUGGAAGUGGCCAAAUUGGGGCAUACGGCACAUUCAUUGGAAUGGUCAACAAAUCGUGGUACGGGCUUGAUGAGUUUUUGGAAAGUCUCGAGGUCCACAAUAAUGACGGAAUUUUUUUGAAUGACACCUGGGAGCUUGCGCUGGCACUUGAGACAUGCCGUAAAUUAAUUUGCACAGUAGAGGGCGAUGAAAACUACCUUCAGCAGCUGAUCUUGCUGGGCAAUGACUAUCCAAUGGAUAUGCAAAGUUCUGUUGAUAACGAUUUUCAUACUAAGCGUCUGAAGCGCGACAUAAAUCUGAUCGUGAAAGAUUUUAAAUUCAGCAUUUAUCAGUACUUCACAUGCAAUUGUAAAAUCGCGCUAGGUGCUUUCGUAAACGAUAGAUGUUACUACGUUAAAAGCAAAGCUCUUAAAUACAUGAAAGAUGCACAUCUCAAAGACUUGAUUCAUAGCCUACACGAACCUGCGAUUAAGUCAUUAGCUUUGACCUUGUCCAGUGUGAACAACGCAGUUGCUCAGUUUUCAGCAGCAGAGAAGGAUGGUCACUUGCUCGGUUUAGCAAGUGCUCAGACAGAGCUAGACCUUGACCUUGGAACACUGCGACAAGGGGAAGUCAAAACCGUUUUAUUUGAAGUUCGCCUCAAUGUAGCAAACUUGCGGCACUUUUUGGGAAACUCCUCUCCAUCUCAAAAUACGGCAUCGUCUACAUCGCCAUUACUCCAGUAUCAUUCGCAAUGGUAUGAUGGAUCGGGUCACUUGGUUUCUCAAGGUUUUGCUUUCGGGUGUGACUUCAGGUUUGGUCCAUCGAGCACAACCGCCCCACCAGUGUACUCGCUAAAGUUGCCGUCUGACACCUCCGCAAAUGAGCGGCAGGAAAAUGGUCUAGAAGAGCUGAAUAUCUCACUGGCACCUCCAUUAUCUGCAUCGCGCGACAUGUUUUUCGCCACACGUCAGAUGGAAUUGACUGUGGUGGAAACUCUGAAUCGCGCCUUGAAUGAGCCUAACCUAGAUAUAGUGUCCGCUCUUAACCAUCUGAUAUCCAUGGUUUUUUGCAUCAGCAGAGAUUGUGUUUGCAAUGACUCCUCUUUCUAUCGAUACGUCAAUGCGAAUCCUAUUGGUCAGUACGCGGAGAAGCUCUCGUCGAAAUUACAGUAUAUCGCAGACAUGUCAUGUAGCGAAGACCGUCAGAUUAGAGCAUUGUCAAGAUGGAACAUGUGCGCACUGAGAACUCAUUUAGCGUACCAAGAUAAUGCGGUGUGA